CAAAAAAAAACAACAGAAACAAAAAAAAAAACUUCUCUUUCUUUCUUUCUCUGUCUCUCUCUCUCCAUUGAUUUCUCUACACAGACAUCUCUACGAACCUCUCUCCCCAACUCAUCUCUCUCUCUCUCUCUCUCUCUCUUUGCUCUUCAUCGGAUCUGACUUCUUCCCGAAAACCCACAAUCUGAUUCUUCGAAUUCUUCAAAACACGCUUAGUCCCCAAAUUCAACUUACAUAACCCCCAAAUCACCUAAUCCACUACAAAAGUUUCAAUCUUUUUGACUUUGAGACCGCACACAAACAAAUUUAUAGAAUUUGAUUCAAAAAAAAAAAGUGUGUUUUGGGCUGAGACUUUUUGUUUCUCUGUUUGAUCCAAUUCUCCGGCGAAGGAAUUUUCCGAUGGGAAUGCCUUCGCUGGCUUCUUCAACACUCCCACGACCAUGAGCUACCAUAACGAGGAAGAGGAGGAAGGAGGUGACAACAACGAUUGCUUUUACGAGUCUCUUGAUCGUUUAGCCUCUUCCUCUUCUUGCUCUUGCUCUGCUUCUAACUCCGAUUACGAUUCCGAAUCCUCUCCUCGGAUCUCCUCCUCCUCCGUUUCUCAUGACCCCGAAGAGCUCAAAGCUGCUGUUGCUCGCCGCCGUCGAUACCCGUUCCCUGUUCCUCGGUUUCCAAUGGGGGCUUCAAAGUUCGACGUUUGGAUCUCUGAGCCUGCUUCUGUCUCCGAGAGGCGUUCCAAGCUUUUGAACGAAAUGGGUCUCAGCCGUGACCCGGUUCUCUCCCGGUUAAAACCCGGCUCCAAAGAAACGGGAGCCUCCUCCGACAUUUCCCGAUCCAUCUCUUGUAAUCAGUUGGCUCGCCGAGAUCAUGGUGAGUGUUCUGCGAGUGUCGGCGGUUGUGCUUCUUGCAUCGUGAGAUCGAAAUCCGACAUCACCACUAGCCAAUGUGGCGAUCGUGACCGUCGAUAUUUGUCUCCGGGUAAUGCUUGUUCUUGUCCCGUCUCUAAUCUCUCUGUCCAUCAUCGUUCACAUUCUGAGAUCAGUAGAACAAGCCCGUCAUUUGUGAAUUGCAGUUUCGGAUCAGGUUGUGCUGAUACGGCAAUGCUUUGUGAGAAUUCAAGUGAUUCCUUGCGGUUAAAUGGAGUUUCUGGUUGUGUAUUGAGCGAGAGUGUAGUGAAUGAGAAUGUAAUAGAAGCGUGUACUAUUAAGAAUCUGGAUAAUGGGAAAGAGUUUGUGGUGAAUGAGAUUCAAGAAGACGGUACAUGGAAGAAGGUAAAGGAAGUGGGAACUGGAACACAGAUGACUAUGGAGGAGUUUGAGAUGUGUGUUGGACAUUCUCCCAUCGUUCAGGAGCUUAUGAGAAGACAGAACGUUGAGGAUUCUGAUAAGAACACGUCUAAGGAAAACGAAGACAGUGGGAAUGGUAAUAAGGAUAAUGCAUCCAAGUCUAAGAAGAAAGGAAGUUGGUUUAAGAGUAUUAAGAGUGUUGCAAGUAGCAUGACUGGUCAUAGCAAAGAGAGAAGAAGCAGUGACGAUAGAGAUACAUCUUCAGAGAGAGGUGGUCGGAGGUCGAGCUCUGCUACGGAUGAUUCUCAGGAAUCUUCUUUUCACGGGCCAGAAAGAGUUAGGGUUAAACAGUAUGGGAAAUCAUCUAAAGAGCUUACGGCAUUGUACAAGACACAGGAGAUUCCAGCGCAUAACGGGUCUAUUUGGAGCAUUAAGUUUAGUUUGGAUGGUAAAUAUCUUGCUAGUGCUGGUGAGGACUGUGUCAUUCAUAUUUGGCAAGUCGUCGAGGGUGAGAAGAAGGGUGAAUUGUUACUUGAUAGACCGGAACUGUUGCUUUUGGCUAAUAAUGGGUCUCCAGAACCAACUACUAUGUCACCAAGGAGAAGAGGGAGAACCUCUAUAAGCAGAAAGUCAUUGAGUCUAGACAACAUAUUUGUGCCGGAUUCUCUUUUCGGGCUUUCAGAAAAGCCUUUUUGUUCCUUUCAAGGACAUGUUGAUGAUGUGCUUGACCUUGCUUGGUCCAAGUCUCAGCAUUUGCUUUCUUCGUCAAUGGAUAAAACAGUUCGUUUGUGGCACUUGUCCAGCCAGACUUGCUUGAAAGUAUUUUCGCACAGUGACUACGUGACUUGCAUUCAAUUUAAUCCGGUCGAUGAUAGAUACUUCAUCAGUGGAUCCUUAGAUGCAAAAGUUCGUGUCUGGAGCAUUCCAGAUCGUCAAGUAGUUGACUGGUAUGAUCUUCAUGAGAUGGUCACUUCUGCGUGUUACACUCCAGACGGUCAGGCUGCGUUGGUUGGUUCAUAUAAAGGUAGCUGUCGCAUGUAUAGUGCAUCAGAUAACAAGCUGCAGCAGAAAAGUCAGAUAAAUUUACAGAACAAGAAGAAGAAAGCUCAUCAGAAAAAGAUAACUGGUUUCCAGUUUGUGCCUGGGAGCUCAUCUGAAGUGCUUGUCACAUCUUCCGAUUCACGGAUCCGCGUUGUUGAUGGAACUGAUCUGGUUAACAAACUUAAAGGGUUUCGGAAUACAAGCAGCCAGAUCUCUGCCUCGAUCACAGGAGAUGGGAAAUACGUAGUUUCAGCGAGCGAGGAUUCGCAUGUGUACAUAUGGAAGUACGAGUCCCCUGCUUCUCGACCAAGCAGAAGUAGUAACAACAAGAACGUGGCGGUUACAAACUCUUAUGAGCAUUUCCAUAGCCAAGACGUCUCUGCAGCUAUCUCAUGGCCCGGAAUGGCCUCAACAGAAAACUGGGGAACCCAAAACAGAGCCGGGGUUAACGGAAACACGAAUAAUUUGGACAAUGUCUCCACAGCUAACCAUCCUCCUACACCGGUGGAACAGCCAGGGACGCUGGACCGAGGGAACAGUCCACGGAACGGGAUCAUAUCAAGCGCAACAAACGGAUACUUUUUCGAUAGAAUGUCAGCGACUUGGCCUGAAGAGAAACUGUUGUUUGGAAGGAACAGAAGUGGGAAUCGUCUGAGUACGGAUUUGUCGUCAAAUGGAGUAGUUGGUAACUCAGGGAAUGUAUCGGCUUCGUGGGGAAUGGUGAUUGUCACUGCAGGUCUAAGAGGAGAGAUACGAACAUUUCAGAACUUUGGUUUGCCCAUUCGGAUUUGAUAUAAAGUGUACAGAGUGGUGAAGAAAAAAGCGAGUGAGGUUUGUAUGAUUUUUUUUAGCGAGUUUUUUUUUUGUUUUUCUAUUCUUCUGUUACAGAUUCGUUUCCAGGAAAAUGGAGAAGAAAAAAAAAAGAGAGAAAGAAACUAUACUGAUCAUUGUAGAGUUACAGACACGAACAGUGAGAUAUGUUUAUUGAUUUGGAAAUAGAAACAGAGCCAAAAAAAAGAAAGGGAAAAUUCUUUUGCAUCUC